UCUUUCAUCUCGCUUUAUCCUUGAUCUCAUUUCACUUCAUUUGUUGCUAUUUUGCGGUGUAAGUUACCUAUUAUCUUUGUCGAAAUAGAUUAAUCAUGGAAAUAAGAAGAGGCUUUUACGGCUAAUAUUUUGUCUAAUAGCUUGUAUUUCUGUAAAGGAUCUGUGAAAAAUAAUCCUUAUUCUUGAGGCUAGCAACUUGUAACCUUUCGUUUUUAUAGAGAACAUCGUUUGGUUUGUCAGAUAACUGUUUGGGAGGCCUUGGAAUAAUGCUUGACGACGAAAUCGACGUCCCCACGGCCUCCAAAAAGAAAUUUGAUAAAAGCCAGUCUGUUGACAACGUGACUGUGACCGUGGAUGGGAAAAGGGGCGAUAAGAACGACGUCGAAGACCCCAAGCCACGGAUAGUGCUCACAUUCCGAUCCGAGAAGUCGGGCUCCAAAAACAGCAACAUGAAAAUUGUGUCGAGUGAAGAAAAGCACGAAGAAUUUUCCCCUCGUCGUUCUAGUCGCACGCGCAGCAAGUGGGAGUGCUCUGACGAAGCUGAGUCUUCCAUAUCGCCUAAUAAAAAAGAAAAAUCUGUUUCGGAAAAUGAAGAGGUAUCUGAUAGUUCUGCCCCUAAAAGAUCAUCUAGACGGCGGAGUAAAGAUUCUUCAGAGAAUGUGUUGGCAAAUGCCAUAGCUAGAAAAGAGAAAUCUUACAAUGAGACUGUUCCCACUCAGCGGUUGUCUCGCCGGAUCAAGCCCACUGCUAAAGUGCUGGAGAAUGAAGAGUUGAGGAUUGGUGUGGAGAGCCAGAACAAUGUUAGGCUUGGCAUACAGCCUGAGAAAGAGGAAGGUGUGCGCACGCGACGGUCUGCGAGGCCUGGUGUUGAGCAGAGUUUAAAGGGUUCUAAUGUCACAGUAAAAGUUGGAGAUAUUAGUGAGCAGAAUGACAGUGAGAAGUUGAGACAUCUGUGUGAGCUGGGACUGAAGGUCAAGGAUGAGGUCAAAGAGGCUAUGGAGGAAGAUGCAGAGGGAGAAAAUAGGGAUUCAGAAGAAAAUGAGUGUGAAAUAAUUGAAGAAGACGAAGAGAUUGAUGAUGACUCCGAAGUCAUCAGCAAACUGUUGGAGGCUGAUGAUGAGACAGUCUCAGAUGGCGAAGGCGAGGAUGAUGAUGAUUUCUCCUACUCCGAAGAGACGUCACAGUCAGACAAGGGCCCCCGAACUAGACGGUCCACCAGGUUGAAUUCGUCCUAUGGAAAUAAUGAAAGUGACGAAUCAACCAUUCCAGAUGGUGACAAGACGCCACCCCGCCGUUCUUCCCGUCGGUCCACAAGGCACUACUAUGACGAAGAAAUUAACCAAGAUCCGGAAUAUGUUCCCCGGCGUAAGAAAACUCGAAUGCGUGGCGAAGAAGCACAGCCGGAACCUGUGCAGGAAGACAACAGUAACCCGGCGGGUGGGGACGAAGGUUCAGAGGCGGCGUGUCCAGAAGACGACAGCGCCAUAAUCGCCACGUGCUUCUGCACCACACCCAGCAACGUCUACGCUGCUCCAGACGACCUGAAAGAGCCAGUAUUCUGCCAGGCCAUCGAGACGGUGGACGGGGCCCGCGUGGGCUGCUCACACCUCGCCCGCCGCCAGCAGCAGCAGCAGCUGGCGGCCAUGCUGCGCGCGGGCCCGCGGGCCCCCUACCUGCUGCUGUGCGCGCUGCACACGGAGCAGCUGGCGCGGCACAUGUGCUGCGUGGCGUGCGGACUCUUCUGCACUCAGGGAAUCUUCUACCAAUGUUCCGAGAAGCACCUUUUCCACCUGGAGUGCGGGCUCCCGUACAACGACGUAAAGUCGAGCCCGGGAUGUCCGCACUGCGGCGUGCGCUCGUACCGGUGGAGCCCCGCCAACACCAAGUGCAACAGAGUGCGGGUCGAGAUGAAGUGCUCCAACAAGAGGACACUGCUGGCCGAACCCAGGCAGCAGAGCACUCCAGCCUACUUAACAUUCUCCACCGUCCCGGAGAGCCAGAAACUCGAACCUGUGAUACCCGAGGACCUGAUACCAGCCAUGCCGGCCGAUGUGGACCUCUUCAAAGUGAAGGUCGAAGGGAAUGAGCAGUUGACGGAUGACGAGCUCCUACAGAUCUUGAAACAAGCCAUCGUCGACGAUGAACCUAUCGAGAAGUUGGCUCCGAAAAUUGCGUCGGUGCGCGACAUAGACGGCGCGGUGGACGCGCGCGGGCGCACGUGCGCACACGUCGCCGCGCGCUGCCGCAAUCUGCGUGCGCUCUACGCGCUGCACUGCGCCGGCGCAGCGUUGGACGCGUGCGACCACUCAGCUAUGACGCCGCUGCUGAUCGCCGUGCAAGAUCUUUUGGAUAUAGAUGGUCCUUCGAAUUAUACGAAACAUCUCAACGAAUUCAUAGAAGACAUGGAUGUUGAUCAAACAGACAAAGAGGACACUGGAGAAGAAAUAAAAGAAGAAGAAUAUAGUCAGGAAACGGAAACUAGCAAAGAAGAACUAAGUAUAAAUGAUGAAACUGCAACAAAUGAAGAAAAUAUUGAUACAGAUGAUAUUAUUAAAGAAGAACCCAUAGAUAUCAAGGAAGAAAUCAUAAGAGUGACAGAAACAAAGGAUAAACCAGUACCAGAAGAGAAGGAGAAGGAUAAUGUGGAGGAAGAAGAGAAAUUGUUUAAAAUUAUCCAGUUUUUGGUUGCUUCUGGUCGCUGUGACAUCAACUUUCCUGGCCCGGAAGGCAUGACGGCGCUGCACUACUGCGCGGCGCGCGGCGGCGCUCGCGCGGCGACGCUGGCGCGGCUGCUGAGUGCGCGGGCGGGGGCGGGCGCGGGCGCGGAGUCUCGUGACCGCGGCGGCUGGACGCCGCUCGUGUGGGCCGCCGAGCUCGGCGACCAGACCAUGCUCAGAUUGCUGUUAGAAAACGGCGCAGACGCAACCGCGCGGGACAAGGAAGGCAACGGAGUGAUACAUUGGUGUGUGCUGCGCGCGCGCAGCUCGUGCGUGCUGCGGCUGCUGGACGCCGCGCCCGGCGUGCUGGACCACGGCAACCAGCACGGGGACACGCCUCUGCACAUAGCAGCUCGACACGGCCACUACUCGUGCGUCGUCAUACUCCUCGCGAGAGGCGCCAGGACUGAUGUACCGAACACAGCCGGCGAGUUGCCGCUGGACGUGUGCGGGGAACACGAGAACUGCCGCAACGCGAUCUCCUUCCACAUCCAGAUGGCCAAGAUAUCGUCCAAAGCGGGCAAAUACAGGCUGUUGUGCACCGACAUCGCUCGCGGGCGGGAGCAGUGGCCGCUGCCGUGCGUCAACGCGCUGGACGACGCGCCGGCGCCGGACCACUUCACGUACGUCACGGCGCACGUCAUGCCCGAGAACAUCGCCAUCGACAACACCAUAUCCACUUUGCAGGGGUGUUCGUGCGUGGGCGGGUGCUCCUCCGGAUGCAGCUGCGUGGUGCUGGGCGUGCGGCGCUGGUACUGCGGCGAGCGGCUUCACCCCGCCUUCAGCUACCACGAGCCGCCUAUGCUGUUCGAGUGCAACUCAACCUGCAGCUGCAACGAGAAUGAAUGCGGCAACAACCUGGUGAGCCGCCUAAUGUCGCGAGGAUCCCUGAACGUGCGCGCAUGCGUGGUGCGGACGCGGCGCGGCUGGGCGCUGGCGGCGCGCGCGCGCGUGCGCUGCGGCGCGCUCGUGGCGCUCUACUGCGGGGAGCUGCUGCGGCUGGACGCUGCGGACGCGAGGCUCGACGACCAGUACAUGUUCGCGCUCGACGUCAAGCCUGACUUGUUGGAGCAAUGCGCGUCAAAGACGAUGCUAUGCGUAGACGCAGCGAAGUACGGCAGCGCGGCCAGGUUCAUCAACCACAGUUGCCGCGCCAACCUCGUGCCCGUGCGCGUGUUCACCAGCACAAGGGACCUGAGGCUGCCCACUAUCGCCUUGUUCGCCUGUAGGGACAUCAAGCCAGACGAGGAGUUCACAUUCGACUAUGGUGACAAAUUCUGGUCGGUAAAAGCGAAGUGGAUGAGAUGUGAAUGCGGGACAUUGGAGUGCAGAUAUCCUGAGCAGAUCAAGGAAGAAGAGGAAUCUUAAGACUAAACAAUAAUAUUCCUGUGGAAUACUUUCGUAAUCACAUGUAAAUAGUAUUGAUACAAUAAUUUAUUGUAAUCUUAGAUUUUAAGCAAUAUCGCAAUAUCUAAUCAAAUAAAAUAUAGCGGAAUCUU